GGCGGCGUGCGGCGCGCGCCGGGCCCGGCGGGGGCGGGGGGAGCGGAGCAUGAAUGGAGCAAGAUGGCGGAUCAUGUGCAGAGCCUAGCCCAGCUAGAGAACCUGUGCAAGCAGCUGUAUGAGACCACAGACACUGCGACACGGCUCCAGGCAGAGAAAGCCUUGGUGGAGUUCACCAACAGUCCAGACUGCCUGAGCAAGUGCCAGCUUCUUCUAGAAAGAGGGAGUUCAUCCUACUCCCAGCUCUUGGCAGCCACAUGCCUUACAAAACUGGUGUCACGCACAAACAACCCUUUACCACUGGAACAGCGAAUAGAUAUUCGGAACUAUGUGCUCAACUACCUUGCCACAAGGCCAAAGCUGGCAACGUUUGUCACGCAAGCACUAAUCCAGCUCUAUGCCAGGAUCACCAAGCUGGGCUGGUUUGACUGUCAGAAGGAUGAGUAUGUCUUCAGGAACGUGAUCACAGAUGUCACAAGGUUUUUACAGGAUAGUGUAGAGCACUGCAUCAUAGGAGUGACAAUCCUGUCCCAACUAACUAAUGAAAUUAAUCAAGUAAGUGCUACAGCCUUCCUCAGUGAAGCUGAUACUACUCACCCACUGACCAAGCACAGGAAAAUAGCCUCUUCCUUCCGAGAUUCAUCCUUAUUUGAUAUUUUCACACUGUCAUGCAACUUACUGAAACAGGCUUCUGGGAAGAACCUAAAUCUAAAUGAUGAGAGCCAGCAUGGUCUGCUCAUGCAGCUGCUUAAGCUGACACAUAAUUGCCUGAACUUUGAUUUCAUUGGCACAUCAACAGAUGAGUCCUCAGAUGAUCUUUGCACUGUGCAGAUCCCAACCAGUUGGAGAUCAGCGUUCUUGGAUUCUUCAACACUUCAGUUGUUCUUUGAUCUGUAUCAUUCCAUCCCUCCUUCGUUUUCUCCUCUGGUUUUAUCCUGCUUGGUGCAGAUUGCCUCUGUCCGCAGAUCCCUCUUCAACAAUGCAGAAAGGGCAAAGUUUUUAUCUCAUCUCGUUGACGGAGUUAAACGGAUACUGGAAAACCCACAGAGCCUGUCAGACCCAAACAACUACCACGAGUUCUGCAGGUUGCUGGCCCGGUUGAAAAGCAAUUACCAGCUGGGAGAGCUGGUGAAGGUGGAGAACUACCCCGAGGUCAUCCGACUCAUUGCCAACUUCACUGUCACCAGCCUGCAGCACUGGGAGUUUGCCCCAAACAGUGUUCACUAUCUCCUGAGCCUGUGGCAGAGACUGGCUGCAUCUGUGCCCUAUGUUAAAGCCACAGAACCUCACAUGCUGGAAACAUACACACCAGAAGUCACAAAAGCUUAUAUCACAUCCAGGCUGGAAUCUGUGCACAUCAUCCUGAGGGAUGGUUUGGAGGAUCCCCUGGAUGACACUGGCCUUGUGCAGCAGCAGCUGGAUCAGCUGUCCACCAUUGGCCGGUGUGAGUACGAGAAGACUUGUGCUCUGCUGGUGCAGCUCUUUGACCAGUCAGCCCAGUCCUACCAGGAGCUGCUGCAGAGUGCCACUGCCAGCCCCAUGGACGUUGCUGUCCAAGAAGGGCGCCUGACGUGGCUGGUCUACAUCAUCGGGGCAGUGAUCGGUGGCCGCGUCUCCUUCGCCAGCACGGACGAGCAGGAUGCCAUGGAUGGAGAGCUGGUCUGUCGGGUGCUGCAGCUGAUGAACCUGACGGACUCUCGCCUGGCACAGGCUGGGAAUGAGAAGCUGGAGCUGGCCAUGCUGAGCUUCUUCGAGCAGUUCAGGAAGAUCUAUAUUGGAGAUCAGGUGCAGAAGUCUUCCAAGCUGUACCGCCGCCUCUCCGAGGUCCUGGGGUUGAAUGAUGAGACCAUGGUCCUGAGUGUCUUCAUAGGGAAAAUCAUCACCAACCUGAAGUACUGGGGUCGAUGUGAACCUAUCACCUCCAAGACGCUGCAGCUGCUCAAUGACCUCUCCAUUGGGUACAGCAGUGUCAGGAAGCUGGUGAAGCUGAGUGCUGUGCAGUUCAUGCUGAACAAUCACACGAGUGAGCACUUUUCUUUCCUGGGCAUUAACAAUCAGUCCAACCUGACUGACAUGAGAUGUCGGACUACGUUCUACACUGCACUUGGGCGUCUUCUCAUGGUGGAUUUAGGGGAAGAUGAGGAUCAGUAUGAGCAGUUCAUGCUUCCCCUCACAGCUGCCUUUGAGACUGUGGCACAGAUGUUCAGCACAAACACUUUCAAUGAACAAGAGGCAAAAAGAACUUUGGUUGGUUUGGUGAGAGACUUGAGGGGAAUAGCCUUUGCCUUCAAUGCCAAGACCAGCUUCAUGAUGCUGUUUGAGUGGAUCUACCCAUCCUACAUGCCAAUCCUCCAGAGGGCAAUUGAGCUGUGGUACCACGACCCAGCCUGCACUACACCUGUCCUCAAACUGAUGGCUGAGCUGGUACAUAACAGGUCCCAACGGCUGCAGUUUGAUGUCUCCUCCCCAAAUGGCAUCCUGCUCUUCCGAGAAACCAGUAAAAUGAUCACCACCUAUGGAAAUCGUAUCCUGACGCUUGGGGAGGUCCCAAAGGAUCAGGUCUAUGCCUUGAAGCUGAAGGGGAUUUCCAUCUGCUUCUCCAUGCUGAAGGCUGCGCUGAGCGGGAGCUACGUGAACUUCGGGGUCUUCCGCCUCUACGGGGAUGAUGCACUGGACAAUGCCCUGCAGACCUUCAUCAAGCUUCUGCUCUCCAUCCCUCACAGUGACCUGCUGGAUUAUCCCAAGCUCAGCCAGUCAUACUAUUCCUUGCUGGAAGUUCUUACCCAGGACCACAUGAACUUUAUAGCCAGUCUGGAGCCUCAUGUAAUCAUGUAUAUUCUCUCUUCCAUUUCAGAAGGCCUCACUGCACUAGACACCAUGGUUUGCACAGGCUGCUGCUCCUGUCUGGACCACAUUGUCACCUAUCUCUUCAAGCAGCUGUCCCGCAGCACCAAGAAGAGGACCACCCCUCUGGCCCAGGAGAGCGACCGCUUCCUGCACAUCAUGCAGCAGCACCCAGAGAUGAUUCAGCAGAUGCUGUCGACAGUGCUGAACAUCAUCAUCUUUGAGGACUGCAGGAACCAAUGGUCAAUGUCUCGGCCUCUGCUCGGCUUGAUACUGCUCAAUGAAAAGUAUUUCUCUGACUUGAGGAACAGCAUAGUGAACAGCCAGCCUCCAGAGAAGCAGCAGGCCAUGCACCUCUGCUUUGAGAACCUCAUGGAAGGCAUCGAACGCAACCUCCUCACCAAGAACAGAGACAGGUUCACACAAAACCUCUCCGCCUUCCGGAGGGAGGUGAACGACUCCAUGAAAAACUCCACCUACGGCGUGAACAGCAACGACAUGAUGAGCUGACGUCUCCCAACUUCCACCUGUACAGAGCAGCAUCUCUUGGGCCUGGCCCGGAGGGGUUAACGUUUCCGAUGGAAAGAAAAAAAGAGGGCGUUUCUCAUCCCUGCUCUUCCCCAGGGCUGGAUUGCGGCGCUGCUGCUGUAUCCAAGUCCGGAGGGAGGAGGGAACAGGAGGAGGGGUUGUUGAGCUCACAGGGGGCAGGGUUGCUUCUGUUUCCAUGGGAAAAAAAAAAAAGGGGGGGUUGGAAGGGCAUAAAAAAAAAAAAACCCACAAAACAAACCACAAAACAAAAACCCAGGUGCAACAAUCCAGCACAUCUCCCUUCCCUGAAUGUCUGGGUGGAACGCCAGCGCUCUGCUGCAGCCUGCCUUGUAAAAUACAAACAAACAUGUACAUUUUUUCAUAACAUUUUGAACAAGGUUUCUAUGGACUCCGUUUAAAAAAAAGAAAAAGGAAAAAAAAAAAAAAAAACAACGAAGAAACACAACAAAAAAAAAAUAGUGUGAUUGAAAAUUUUUACAGAGUCUCGAUGCACCCGGUGCUGGCGUGAGGGUCGUGUAUGAGAGUGAGGAGGAGUGUGGCCUGAAGCUUUGCUGGGCGAGGGGGUGGGUGUGUGAAAGUGGCAGAGAUCUAUUUAGUGACAAGUGGAGAGAGAGAGAGAAGCAGGGGAAAAAAAAAAAACAUGAAAAAAAAUCAUAAAAAAAACGAAAAUCGAAGUGGGGGGGAAUCGAUGAUGAUAAAAAACACUGAAAAGAAAAAAAAAAUUUAAAAAAGGAGAAAAAAAAAAACACAGGAAAAAAAAAAAAGGCAAUGUAAAAUUCCCAAAUGUAUAUUUUUUUCUUAUUAAGCCCCUGGAAAUCACGACUCCCUGUUCCAAGUCCUGCCCUUGUUAUUAGGAACUCGAAGCCAUGCAGCGUGACCUUCCCUCCGUGCUUGCUUGUGGGUGUCUCUCCCGUCCCCAGGUGUAGCAGUAGCCACUUGUCCCCUUGUCACCCCGCUCCUGGCAGGGCCCUCACCCCCUUCCCACCCCAUCCCGGGCUCCUGCCCUUCUCCUCACUGCCUUUUUUUCCUUUUUCUCCCCCAUUUCAGUGAGCAGGCAGCAGGCCAGGGACGCUCGGGCUCUGGGGAGCUCGGAGCUGCUGGAGCCACCUCGGAGGGUUCUUAGUAACAAGACAAUGCCUCAAGCAUGAAGUAUCACACCCCCCUGAUAAAAAUGAUUCCAUUUUUUUUUUCCUAAGUCACCAUAAUGUAUGUUUUGGAUGGAAAAUUGACUCACGGAGGAAAAGCUGAUGGGGGAGGGAACCAGUUUGCCUUGUACUUUUCCCACUAUUGUUGCUGCUAGUCGUGUGCAUCCUCUUGCUCAGCUCUACACUCAGUCCUUAGGGUUCAGUUUCUCUUCCCAGACACCACCUAUUAAUUUUAUUAUUUUUUUUUUCCUUCGGUUUGUUUUGUUUUUUUUGGUUUAUUUGUGUUUUCUUUCCUCUGGCUGAUUGUGUGUUGGGUCCUUUUUUUUUUUUUUUCCCCGCGUGAGCAGAUUGCUGGUUGACUUUGUAAGGGUGUUUGCUGCAUACAGUGUAAGCAUUGUGACUGCAAAUAAAACUUCAAUGGUUUCUACUGA